AAGAACCGACUCCACAUAAAACCAACAGCCCACCCUCUGGAGUUACAUACGCUCAUGAUGUCUUGGACUGUGGCCUCAAGCCAUGCCCCCUGCCUUUUCCUAGCCUUUCUGCAGAUCCCAUGGGCAGAUAUGGACAGCCAGAUAGCAUAGGGACAGCACCUACACACCCUGCCAACGCUGCAGGGGCCUCUGCUCCAAGCCCUAGGAUUGAAAUUACUCCAUAUCAUGAACUGAUUCAUUCAGGGGGUCCCUUCCGCAGCAGAGACACAGAUGUUCUUUUGGUAGAACAUCAGUCAAACUCAGCUACCACUAGCCCAAGGGUUACCCUGCCUGUCCCUGGCUUUGAGGGCUACAGAGAACCACUGUGUCUGAGCCCAGCUAGUAGCGGCUCCUCUGCAAGUUUCAUUUCAGAGACAAAUGUAUCUCCUUGCACAUCACCAUGUGUUUCACCAAAUAAUGGUCCUAGUGAUGACCUUUGUCCACAGUUUCAAAACAUCCAUACUCAUUAUUCUCCUAGAACCUCUCCAAUAAUGUCACCACGAACAAGCAUCACGGAGGAAACCUGCUUGGGACGACAUUCACCAUCACCCUGUCCCAACUCAAGGUCUUCAUCACCAGGUGCAAAACGGAGGUACUCUUGCACUGAGCUCUACAGUACUCAGCUGCCUUCCACUUCUCCACGACAGUCAAGGACCCCCUCUCCACAAUCCUCUCCUCGCAUCCCCUUGGGAGAAGACAACUCUUCAGUUACUUACACUCAGUUGCCCAGCGCUUCUCUUUCCAUGGAUGCUAUGAGCAGCCUUCCUACGGAUCCUUCCUGUGGUGUUCCCACGAAAAUUUGGAAAACCAGCCCUGAUCCUUCAUCAAUGCCUUCCCACAAAAACAGCAUUCCAUGUCACGUCUUUCAGACUGUUGAUUUCCACGGGCCUUGCGAGCAGGAGGACAGGAGAAACUCAGCCCCAGAAUCAAUUUUGUUGGUACCUCCAUCCUGGACAAAGCAACUGGUGCCUGCAAUACCUAUCUGCAGUUUGCCCGUCCAGUCACUCCCACCCCUGGAGUGGCCACUCUCCAGCCAGUCUGGCUCCUACGAGCUGCGGAUCGAGGUGCAGCCGAAGCCCCACCACCGGGCACACUACGAGACGGAGGGGAGCCGAGGGGCUGUCAAGGCACCGACCGGAGGCCACCCUGUUGUCCAGCUUCAUGGUUACAUGGAGAACAAACCCUUGGGUCUUCAGAUCUUCAUCGGGACAGCAGAUGAACGGAUACUUAAACCUCAUGCUUUCUAUCAAGUCCAUCGUAUUACAGGAAAAACUGUCACCACCACCAGCUAUGAAAAAAUCAUUGGCAACACCAAAGUUUUGGAGAUCCCACUGGAACCCAAAAACAACAUGAAAGCAACCAUUGACUGCGCGGGGAUUUUGAAGCUGAGGAAUGCAGACAUUGAGCUGCGCAAGGGAGAAACAGACAUCGGCAGGAAGAACACCCGCGUCCGGCUCGUCUUCCGCGUGCACAUCCCCGAGUCCAACGGCAGGAUCAUUUCUCUGCAAGCAGCAUCGAACCCCAUCGAAUGCUCCCAAAGGUCUGCUCAUGAGCUUCCAAUGGUUGAAAGACAAGAUAUUGAUAGCUGCCUUGUUUAUGGAGGACAACAGAUGAUCCUGACUGGACAAAAUUUCACAGCAGAGUCUAAGGUGGUGUUCACAGAGAAAACAUCAGAUGGGCAGCAGAUCUGGGAAAUGGAGGCAACAGUGGACAAAGAUAAGAGCCAGCCUAGCAUGCUUUUCGUAGAAAUACCUGAGUACCGUAACAAGCACAUUCGCACAGCUGUGAAGGUGAAUUUCUAUGUCAUCAAUGGGAAAAGAAAAAGAAGCCAGCCCCAGCAUUUUACCUAUCACCCAGUACCAUCAAUCAAAACAGAGCCCAUUGAUGACUAUGAUCCAGCCUUAAUCUGCAAUACAGUACACAGUGGUCUGGGAACAGUAACACAGCCUUACUAUUCACAGCAUACAAUGGUCACCGAAUCCCCUUCCUGUCUUGUGGCCACUAUGGCUCCUUGCCAGCAGUUGCGCUCAGGCCUUUCUUCUCCUGAUUCUCGGUACCAUCAGCAGAAUCCAGCCGCUGUAAUAUAUCAAAGAAGCAAGAGCCUUAGCCCAAGCCAACUGGGCUACCAGCAAUCCAAUUUGAUGGCUGCUCCAGUUGCCAUUUCAGAUGCCCAUAGGUCAGUGCUGGUGCACGCUGGUUCUCCAGGCCAAACUUCAGCAGUGCUCCACCACUCUCCAAGCAACCAGCAGACUUCUCCAGUGAUCCACUAUUCUCCAACCAACCAGCAGCUGAGGUGUGGAAGUCACCAAGAAUUUCAGCACAUCAUGUGCUGUGAAAAUUUUCCAUCCAACGUUGCAAGAUCCAGCCAGCCCCAGGUCAGUCAAGCACAAAGGUUAAGUCCAAGUUCAUAUCCUACCGUGAUUCAGCAGCAAACAGCCUCAGGUCAGCGAGCAGCAAAAAAUGGACCACCGGUUAGCGACCAGAAAGAAGUGUUACCGGCUGGAGUCACUAUUAAGCAGGAACAGAAUCUGGACCAAGCAUAUCUGGAUGAUG